AUGUCUGGUCAGAGCUCAGUCCUUAUCGUGCUGGCUGUUCUUUCAGCUACAGCCUCUGCAGCGCUGCCCUUCGUCUGGUCGGACUGUUCCAGCGACAAAGCCCACAAUGCACUGGUUGUCCACAGCAUCGAGGUUUCUCCGGUGCCUCUCGCCAUCCCAGGAGAUCUACACCUCACCUUCAAUGCUACUGUUCUUAAACCCAUCCAGGUCGCUAUGAUGGACUUCAAAUUUGUUAGGAAGACUGCUCUUGGCACUGACGUUCCGAUCGCAUGUGUGGGAAAUGUCGGAAGCUGUACUUUUGACGGAUGCUCUAUCCUAAAUGAUCUGGGACAAAUCGGAAGUCAAAGCACAGCUCAGAACGUGACCUCGCAGAUAAGUACUAUGUUUAACAACGCCGGUGCCAAUAUUGCAUGCCCAAUACAGCCCCAGAGUAUCGUCGUCCGAGAUUUUGUUUUUCACAUCCCUCGCCUGUCCAGUGCUAUGGAUAUUUUUGCCACCGGUGACUAUAAUGUUACGGUACAAUUGCGCGAGCCAGCGACUGAUGCUCAACUGGGAUGUCUGACGUUUGACGCGUCAUUGGUCAAACCAUCGCCGACAUGCUCCGGUUGGUUAUGUAGUGGCCGGAGAAAGCGUCAUGUAGCUCCUUAAUUACAAUGACCAGUUCUAAAAAAUAUAUCUGUUUUCAAAAAUAAAUAAUCCA